UGUAUUGUAGCUUCCUGUUACACACAAACACAUAGCAGCAGAAAUGUCACAGAGACGACUCUUCUGCCCGUCUCAGGACCCAAAGUUAAAGAAACCUUUUUUAAUUCUGUACCGCCGCAACUUGCAAGAUCUUAAGGGCCUGGAACUGCAAGUCAGUGCAGUGUUAGACUGAAGAACAAGAGUAUGGAAAGUCUUCCUUUUGACCUUAACUGGACUUUGGAUACUUUAAGGUGGAAGGAGUCCUCUCUGGGAAACAACAGUGACCACUCAGUGAGAAAUGGAGAUACAUUUGACUUGGGCUAUGGCAGCCUUAACUGGGCAUCCACAAGAAGUCGGUCUCAUAAAGAUAAGAAAGAUGAGCAGGAGAUGUCAGCAGACAAGUCAAGCUCACCUGCACCUGAUCUGGGAGAAAUGCAAAUGAAAGUAGACUUUUUCCGCAAACUUGGCUACUCUUCAGAUGAAAUCCAAGCUGUCCUUCACAAUCUUGGUGUACAGGCAGAUACCAAUUCUGUACUUGGGGAACUGGUUAAACAUGGAGCAAAUCCAGAAAGAGAAACAAUUCCUGAUGAGUCUUCAGAAACCUUUUUGGCCUCUAGAGGUGUGUUGGGAAGCAGGUGUACACCUUCAGUACCUUCGAGUGAAGAUAAUGAUGGCAACAACUUAAGGCCAAUUGUCAUUGAUGGCAGCAAUGUGGCAAUGAGUCAUGGGAACAAACAAGUCUUUUCAUGUCGUGGGAUUCUUCUGGCUGUCAACUUUUUCUUAGACAGAAGACACACGGAUAUCACAGUUUUUGUACCCUCAUGGAGGAAAGAGCAACCUCGGCCAGAAAUGCCUAUUACAGACCAACAUAUUCUGGGUGAGCUGGAAAAAAAGAAGAUUGUUGUUUUCACACCAUCUCGCCGGGUGGGAGGAAAGCGUUUGGUGUGCUAUGAUGAUAGAUUCAUUGUUAAACUGGCCAUUCAAUGUGAUGGGGUUAUAGUGUCCAAUGACACUUACAGAGAUCUCCAAAGUGAGAAGGUCGAAUGGAAAAAAUUCAUAGAAGAGCGCUUACUCAUGUAUUCAUUUGUUAAUGACAUCUUUAUGCCACCAGAUGAUCCUUUGGGAAGGCAUGGGCCAAAUUUGGAUGACUUUCUCAGAAUAAAACCAUUAGGAGUGGAAAACAAGAAAGUGCAGUGUCCAUAUGGUAAAAAAUGUACAUAUGGAAUCAAAUGUAAAUUUUAUCAUCCUGAGAGGAUCAACCAACCUCAGCGUUCUGUAGCAGAUGAGCUUCGUGAAAAUGCAAGGCUUUCUCCUACCAAAUCUCCACUUGAUGACAGAAAAUCUAGGCAGCAUUCAUUGGCAGAUGUUCCACCCUUAGACUCUGAAGGUCCACCUUUGCAGAAGCUACCUGUUGAGAGGACAAGUUCAUUACAGAAGAGCAGAGUUGUGGACAACAUGGCAGCAAAGCAGUUUUUCUAUACCAAUGCAAAGGACUCACUUCCCCGUAACUCUUUGGAUUCUGGCAUCGAAGUGUGGGCCAGUAUAUCAAACAGCUAUUGUGAUAGUUCUCAUGACCCUGUAGUCUAUGGAAAAUAUUGUAACUGUACUCAGAGACAUUGUUGUCAGCACAGACAUGAUUUGGACACUGAUGGCUGUCAACCCUAUAACUAUCAAAAGCCUAUACAAUGCAGUCACAGUUCAGCACCCUACUUCCCAUAUAAUACAUCAAGUCAAUGGUCACCCCAAAACAUAUCACACCCAAUAUAUAGAGAUCUACCUAAAACAGGCCAUAAUGGCAACCACAGCCUUCCGAAUGACUAUAACCCACCUCCAACACAUUCAAUUGACUACUGGUCUGAGCCAAAUCCAAUCCCGUCUUCUGGUAGACAUCAAAGCAGUUACCCAGUUUAUCCACAAAUUCCACCUUCUGCUACUGAUUUGCCUCAGUGGUCUAGCUCUGAUCCCUUUUCAGCUGAGCGAUUAAGUGUGCGCACCAAGCUGUGUGCAAUCUUUCAGCCCUCAUUAGUGGAUGCUGUAAUGAGAAAGUUCCCACAACUGUUGGAUCCACAAAGUUUAGCAGCUGAAAUAUUCACUUACAGGUCCCAACACAAUAUGUGAAACGAAACCAAAGGGAAAAAAACCUUUAAUGGUUGUGAUUUCAACAAAUGCACAAUUCCAUGGCAUCCCUUUUAUUCUUGUUUAGGAAUAAGGUAUGACAGAGACUAAGGCUAGGGAUGGUUAUGAAAUUAUAACUGUAAAAUAAGUAGACACAUGGAUAAAACACAAAAGCACUACUAAUGGGUGGUAUGUAAUGUAAACUAUUGUCUAAAUUGCAAAGUGCGGGUGCAAGUGUUGUAUAUAAUCAAUGUAUUGUAGCUGUGUUUAAAAGCUUCCCAGCAGUUCUAAUUCUAAUGCAAAAUGUGGCAACUAAAAAAGUACUUGCCAACAAAGAGCAAGCCAUAUCCACGUGGAAGUGCGAGAGCAGAUAAGAAAGAUGGCACCAGUGAGAAGUAGAUUUUUUAGCAAAUACAAGGUAAUUCACCUGUGCCUUAAUAACAGCCAUAAUUGUGCAAACAGCAUGAUAGGAAGAUAUUGUGAUUAAAGAGAACAAAAACAGAGCAAGAUGUCGUGGAAAAUUAAGAAUAAGAUAGGAAAUACAGUGGAGGUUAAAGAGGUGAGAAACAACAACAGGCACAUUGCUUUGGUAAGUGCACAAAAGAUACAGAGAUGGCUAAGAUUAUUACUCCAGGCUAUAAUAAUUAAAGAAAUGGAUGGCACUGCCUUCAAAGCCUAUAUAUUUUUCUAACAAAUUGGGCUUCAAGAUUCAGGACAUAUUUAUGUCACUGUUUUCAGUGAUUUUCAGAUUACUUUCUCUAUUUUAGAUCUCAGGUUUAUAUUUAGAACUGAAAUUAUACAUAAAAUCCAAAUGCCAGAUAUGUAUAGCCUCUCAUCUGAAAAAAACCAUACAAGCAAAUCUUUCUGUUUUAGCACAGAUACAUAGAACAAUAACAAUAUGGGUCUUAAAGAGUUGAUUUGUUUAGAGGAGCUGCAGUGCAAGUUUAAUGCCCUCUCAAUAUUAUGUUCAUUUUCCCACAGAGCACCUUGAAUGCGUAUUCACACAGGUUUUAUCCCACUACAAACUCUUAUGUUUCAGCUAUCCUGAAUGUUUGUCCAGUAUUCAGUCAAAUUGCAUUUUUCUUCACCUGAUAUGUAAAUCAUCAUGCAAAGAAACAAUUGCCUUGGGGCAGUUGGUAAGUUGAUGCAUAUUGUAUCUAAAUAUUAAACUCCAGUACAAUGAUUACAUUAAUGAAGGGGAAACAUGGAAAAUUCAAUGGAAACUUAAAAAGUCUUUUAGUCUCAGUUAUGAGACAUUCAGACAACGUUUGGAACUUUGUGUCAGUGCUGAUACCCUUAUAUGAUUUCCUAUUUAUAGGAUAUUAAACUCUGACAUGAAGGGGGUUAUUUAUUAAAGUCCGAAUGCCAAAAAAAAAUCGAGUUUUUUAACUAUAAACUAACUAUAAACUACUAA